CGAUUGCGGAAGCGAGCCGUUGCUUUAGCCUGUUAACUCCAAACCAAAACACAAGAGAUGUUUUCGUGCUAAAUCCCCAAAGAAUCGGAAAUAAUCUUAGAUAUCGCUUUGAAUCCCUUCGGUCAAAUUACCCGUUGUCUCUCUGUGAUUGUCAGGCGACUGAGAAGUAGCCAAACAGCCGAACGACUGAGAUGGAGGACUCUGGUGGUACCGGAGCAGAGUCUGCAGCUCCAUCACCAGCAGGUGCAGCAAAGUCAAAGCUGGACACACUGUCCAAAGAUGACCUCAUCAAGUUUGCAAAGAAGCAGAUGGCUGCCAUGCAGAAGAUGAAGAGCAGAUGUGCAGAUUUGGAAAAAGAAGUUGAAUCCUUCAAACAGCAAUCCAAAAACAGUAAAAACAGUUCAGAUGACUCCACACUGAUACAGGAGCUGACUGAGAGGAUGGAUGCUUUACUACUUGAGAAGGCAGAAACUCAGCAGAGUCUUGCAGUGUCUCGUAAAGAUUUAGAGAGGACUAAGCAACAAGCCAAGGAUGAUCUAGCAAUGCUGCAAGGAGAGUUUGACCGUGUGCUUGAAGACCACCAAAGAAAGAUCAAGACCCUAGAGAGCAGUAUUGAGGAAUCCAACAAUAAACACCGAGAAGAAAUGGCUUAUUUCCAGAAAUUACUGAAAGAGCGAGAAGAGAGUGACAGGGAGAGGGAGAGUGAAAGAGAGAAGGAGCACCAAGCCACCGCAAAAGAGAGUGCAGAAGAAGUGCGUCGUUGCUUUGAGGUUCAGCUGCAAACCCUUCGAGCUGAACUGGAAGCGAUCCAAGAGCGGAAAUCCCAGGAGAUUGCUGAGCUACAGGAGAGCCACCAAAGGGAGUUAACAGAGGCCCAGCAGGAGGUGGAGAACCUGAAGGAGGAUCUGGCUCAGAAGAGUCUGCAGCACGAGGAGGAAAUGAGGGCUCUGGAGGAGGACUGUGAGAUUGAGAGGGACCGUCUCCUGUUGCUCCACGAGGAGCUGACGGAGCAGCUCGCUCUCAAAGACAGCUAUCUGCAGGAUGUGCAAGAAGAAGAUGAGGAACCUGCCCGUGGUUCAGGGAUCGCCAAAAUGCUGGAGCUGUCUGGCUUAAGUCAGGGCGACUCCAGCCAUGGUGAUGGAGAGGAGACAGAGGCCAGCAAACUGAGAGCGGCUUUGGAAGACCUUCAGGCCCAGAACACUAUGUUGCACGAUGAGCUCACCCUGCUCAGCAAUGUGAAGAGCGAGCUAGAGGCAGAGCUGGAGAGGGCCAAAGAGGAAUUCCAGACAGAGAGAGAAGAACUGGAGUUCAAAAUUGAUGAGCUGCAGAUGACCAGGGAAAGUGCCCCCAGUGAGCCUGUAGUGACUCUUGAUCCUGACCAACAAGAGGUCCAAGGAGAAUCCAAGGAGCCAGCUGUGAAUACAGAGGAGCAGCAGAAGCUGAGGGACCAGUGUGAGACCUUGACCAGGGAGAGAGACUCUGCCCUGGCUGAGUGUCAACACAUGAGGGACAUACUUCAAAGUGUGGAGAUAGAACUGGGUGAGAAGACAAAAGAUUUUGUCCUUCAGUACCAAGCCAUGAGGGAGCAGGGGACUAAUACUGUGCGAGAACUCCAAGACAAGAUUGAGCAACUCAGCCAGGAGAGAGAUGGAUUGUUGGUGAAGGUCAAAGACGUUACAGAGGAGAAAAACACUCUGAUGGAAAACACAAAGGAACAGAAGCUGAAAUCUGAAGGUUCCCCAGGCGAGGACCAGAAACUCCAGGCAUCUUUAGACGAGCAAACAUCUGAGCUGAAGCAAUCUGUGGAGGAGCUAACCAGGCAGAAUGAGGAGAUCCUCAACCAAAUACAGAUGAACGAACACAUGAUUCAAGACCUUAAAGAGAUGGUCAACACACUGACCAAAGAGCGAGACAAAAUACAGUCACUGCUUCAGAUGCGAGAAGAGGAAAUGCAAAAGCUUAAUGAUGAGAGAGCAAAAGAAUUCGAGAGGUUAUUGGAGGAGAAAGAGAAAGAGGCACUUUUGCUGAGAGAGGAGAAAGAGAAGGAGCUUAAAGGCUUGAAAAAAGAGAUGGAGGAUGAAGUGCAGGACCUGAAAGAGGAGAGGGAAAAGAUAGAGGAGAGCCUGAAAGAGGAGGUGGGAAGAAGGCAGGAGACAGUUUCUGCUUUAGAGCUUACUAUCAAAGAGCUCUCCACAGAAAAGGCUGACCUUCAUCAGAAACUGGAAGAGGCAUCCUCAGGGCUUGCCAAAGCCCAAGAAGAGAGGGAGCUUUUGGGAUCCAGGCUGGCAGACCUAGAGGCUCGGCUGGAGCAGGAGACGUCUCAAAAGCAUCACCUAGAGGUCAAGUUGAACUCAGUGGCAGAGGAGGCAGAGCAGGCCCACAUCUCCAUCAGAGCUAUGGAAGAAAAUCAGAAUGAAGCACUCAGAAAUUCCACAGAGGAGGUUGAAGGAACUCCGGGCACGGUAGAUGAGCUGGAAAAGGAGAGGGACCUUUUAAGGAAAAGUCUUGAAGAGGCUCAAGGGGGGAGAAGAAUGGAGGAGGUGCAAAAGGAAUUCCAGGCCCACAUUGAAAACCUGGAACAGGAGAGGAACAUGUUGAGAAACAACCUUGAAGAAUUGGUGAAGGAUACUGAAGGGCUGCAAAAAGACCUGCUGGAUAUGAAGGCGGUUAGUGAGAAGAUUAGUGAGGAGAACCAGAAACUGCAGGCUCAGAUUUCUCUGAUGACUGAAGAGAAAGAGGAGAAGGAAAACGAAAUGGAGAAUAUGGAGAAAGAGAGAAGAGAAUACAAAGAACAGCUGACAGAGAAAGACUCCCUCAUAUUUCAGCUUAGAAAUGAGAUGGCUGUUCUCCAGGAGUCUGCUGGCCAGUCUGUGUCCUCUGAGGAAAAUCUAGCUGAUGAGAUGACAAAGAAAAUAGCGUUCCUGGAGAAAGAAAACAAAGAAAAGGAUGAGAAAAUGAACAAAAUCAAGGCGGUGGCCGUCAAAGCAAAGAAGGAGCUGGACAUCAGCAAGAAAGAGGUUGCAACCCUCAAGGAGGAAGUAGAAUCCCUGAAAGCAGAGAGGGAGAAAAUGAACAGCUCUAUGAAAGAUAUCAUCCAUGGUGCUGAAGGCUACAAGAACCUGCAGAUAGAUUACGACAGGCAAACAGAGCAACUGGAUAAGGAAAGAGAGAGGGUGGAGGCGGCUGAGAGACAGAUUGCAGAGCUGACCAAACGACUCAGCAGUGCUGUCACACAGUAUGAGACGCUGAGCAGUGAGAAAGAGGACCUGCAGGCUGGUAUGGAGACCAUGAGAAGCACAGUGAGGCAGCUGGAGACCCAGAACCAGGAGCUGCAGAGACAGUCAGCCAAUCUGGACAAAGACCUACUGGCUGAGAGAGCUAUGAAAGAACAGAAGAUCAAGGACUUGUCAUCUGCCAUGAAGGAGGUUGAAGAGCUGACAGCCCAGCUCCGCAAGCAGCAGCAGCAGUCUCAGCAGACUGCCCAGGAGCUGGAGCAGCUACGCAAGGAGGCGCAGCAGAACUCACUGCUGGACAUGGAGAUGGCCGACUAUGAGCGCCUGGUGAAAGAACUCAACAGCAAACUGUCAGAGAAAGACGAGCGAGCUGAGGAGCUAAAGACCCAGAUUAACACGCUCACCCAGAAAGAGGACACACUCAAGCAAGAAAUCGAGGCUUUGAAGUCCCAGUUGGACCAGGGGGAGGAGAAGACCUCCAAGAUGAAACAGCUGCUGGUGAAGACCAAGAAGGAUUUGGCCGAUGCCAAGAAACAGGAGAGCUCCCUCAUGGUGCUGCAGGCCUCUCUGAAAGGAGAGCUGGAGGCUAACCAACAGCAGCUAGAAACCUCCAAGAUUGACGUGUGCGAGCUGACAGCGGAGCGUCAUCGCCUGCAGGAGCAGCUGAGGUCUGUGUUGGAACAGCAGCAAAGAACCAGCAGCUCCCUGCAGCAACGUAUCAACAGCCUACAGCAGGAGAGAGACACUGCUAAGGCUGAGCUUGUGGCAACAACUGGUGAGUUCGAGAGUUACAAGGUGCGAGUUCACAAUGUGCUCAAACAGCAGAAGAGUAAAACCACUGCUCAGAGUGAAGGAGACUCUGGCAAACUAGAGAGGGAGCAGUUGUCUUCUCAGGUAGAGCAGCUGAGGUCGAAGCUGGCAGAAACUCAGCAGAGCCUCCAGAGCAGUGCAGCAGAGCUGCAGCAGCUCCAGACUGAACACGACACUCUUCUGGAGAGACACAAUAAAAUCCUCCAGGAAACUAUUAGCAAGGAGGCAGAACUCCGCGAGAGGCUGCUGUCAGUGCAGUCAGAAAACGUGGCUCUGCGGUCAGAUCUGUCCCAGACUCAGGUUGACCUGUCAUCUCAGGUCGAGGCCCAGCGUCAGACGUACAGGGAGCAGCUGAGGAAGCUGCAGGACGACCACCGAGCCACCGUGGAGACCCUGCAGGGCCAGCUGACCCGUGUGGAGGAGCAACUCUUCAACCUGCAGAGCCAGAACAGUGCAGUGUCAGCCCAGGCCAGCCGUAAGCCUCUGGGGUCUGACCCUCAGCGCAGAAGCACAGAUCAAAACCAGGCAGGGCUAGGACAAGUUGCCCUCAGUGACCUCCAGUCGAUGGCCAGGGAAGAGGGUGAGGGUAUGGAGACCACAGAGACUGAGAGCCCCUCUCCUGCACUCCUGCCCUCCCUGGAGCAGCUUCUCACUUCUCCAGAUCCCAAACAAGAGCCAUUUGUGUGGACAGUGGAGCCGACCAAAGAAGAGCUAAGUCAAAAGCUGACCACAGCCACCCGCAGUAUGGAGCACAUGAACAGCCUACUGCAUGAAACCGAGGCCACCAAUGCUGUUCUCAUGGAGCAGAUCACUUUGUUGAAGAGUGAAGUGCGUCGUCUAGAGAGAAACCAGGAGAGGGAGAAGAGCGUGGCCAACCUGGAGUAUCUGAAGAACGUCCUGCUGCAGUUCAUCUUCCUGCGAUCUGGGAGUGAGAGGCAGGCACUCCUGCCCGUUAUUCACACCAUGCUGCAGCUCAGUCCAGAGGAAAAGAGCAAACUGGCUGCCAUUGCACAAGGUGAGGAGGAGGGUGCUGGGUCGCGGGGCUCAGGCUGGACCUCCUAUCUCCACAGCUGGUCUGGGAUCAGAUAGAUUCGAUGACCAACCAAAUCAACAAAAAGACUGGGAGCACAGUGCAAAGAUGUUACUGGGCCUAUUUCUGUGAAAACCUGUACUAAGCAGUGAUGCUGUACAUUUAAAUCAGUGGCAAAAGACAGGGGCAUUUACAACAUUUUUGGGACACAAAAGAAAGGACCAAGGAAUGUACAAGAAAAGAAUGAGAAGGUAUGGGAUAGAGAUUAAACCAAAACAUCUGAGAUAAAUAUGAUUGAAUUAGCAGUGCAGUAGGUACAUUAGUCUCUUACUAAUGAAUGUUAACUGUGACAUGGUUCUGUCUUCCAUAUUCUUACUAUUGACACUUACGUGUAUUUUUAAUAACAUUUACUGGACAUGGUUACACUUCUUUGAAGUGGAGCUCAUAAGGCAUUAUAGGGCAUUAUUAUCACAAUGAGAACAAGGUGAAUGGAUAUAACACAUCAGGUAUAUCUUGUAAGAACGGCAUUGAAAGUAUACAUGAUGUGCACAAAUUGCAGGGGAAGAAUUAAUCAAGGGGAUAACUGUGUAGUUAAUGGCAUAAAAUGAAUAUAAUACUCAGAUGUUUGAUUACUUGGCACAGUACACUUGAAGGAUUUUACUAGUGUUUUAGCUCUUUGGCUACAAAUACCAUACACACUGUUUUUAAGGGCAUACUUAGGGUUUAAGACUUUUGAAUGUGUCAUUUUUUUCUCCAUUUUUUGCAGUAUGGAAAUCAACAUGAAACUUGCUCAAUACAUAAGCAGUAAAUCAUCCCUGUUUUUAGUUUCUAGUAGUUGUUUUCUGGGAGGUAAAAAAAAUGCAUAGAGCAGUGUGCUUUGGAAGAUAGUCAGCAGUAUGUGUGGCUUAAUGAAUGGGCUGAAACAUGCUAAACUACCAGUGUGGUCCAUUUAAGUCUGUCCAGUAUGUCCAUCAUAAAACGUAAUAUACAAAGACGUGUAUAUCUAACAUUCUCAGGUUCACCUGACCAACAUGACGGAUAAAUAAUUAUCAUAUAGCAUCAUAUUUAACACAUUUGCACUUUUUUUCUGACUGAUUUUGCAGUUGUUCACUAAUGCCUCAAAUCUGAAAUCAGAAGAAGUUAAAAACUUCAUAUAUUGAGUUGUGGUUUAUCAUAUCCUGUAAUGAUAGAGAUGGUUGGAUGGUUUGGAAUUUUGUUUAGUGUCUGUCUAAUUUGUUAUUACUGUUUUGUUGUGGUUGUUGUUAUUUAAUACCAAACUAUUAUCGUCAUGGUUUUCAUUCCUGUUUUGGGAAUCUUUUACGGUUUUGUUGUUUGUUGUGCUGCUGUUAAAUCUCUGAACACGGGAGAUUUGUUGCAACUUCAUCUGAAGACAGCUGUCUUGUUGAAGGACAGUCCCCGUGACAGCAAGCACAUCCAUCCAGCUAAAGUGUCCUUGAGCAAGACCCAUGGGUUCUGCUUUUUACAGUGUCUCAUCAUGACCUCUGACCUCCCUGUUGAGACGAUUGGAGGUGGGGGGUGGGGAUUCUGCACAGAAGUCCCCCUUUCUCUAAAACACACAUCCACAUAAUUUUCCAUCAGAUUUUUUGUUGUCCCGUGAUGAAGAUAAUUGGCCCGUUUGUUUUCUCAUUCCAGUGGCAGCUUCCUUUUGUGAUUCCUUCAGCAUGAGUGAAUGUAUUUUUAUCAAAGGCUUUUAUAUUUAUGAUGGUUAAUGUCAGCAGAAGUUACGAGAGAAUGCAGUAACUAUUAAUUAUUAUCUGUAUAAGAGUGAGAGAACAUUUACUAUCUAUUAACUAGCUCACUAGUUUUCUGCUGAAAAGUUCAUUUACAUGAGACAGACAGUUCUGGAGUUUUUCUGGUUUAUUUCUAACUGUAAACAAAAAUAAAGACAAAAUGGCUGAGAGUUUCCAUCUA